CGUCAUCGCCCACCUCGGCCCAAGUCGCUGGCUAUCUCUCAGCGCGGUCAGUCGGUCGCGUUUCAGCAGUGCGGUCCCACAUUAUCUCAGCAUGACAGCCAAACUCGCCCCGACAAUCCGCCUCAACAACGGCAAGCUCAUCCCCGUCCUCGGUUUGGGCACAUGGAAGUCGAAGCCUGGUGAAGUGACACAAGCUGUGAAGGCUGCUAUUGAUGCUGGGUACCGCCACAUUGAUGGCGCUCAUGUCUACCAGAAUGAGAAGGAAGUUGGGGAAGGUCUCAAGGCCAAAAUUAAUGAGGGUGUUGUCAAGAGAGAAGACAUGUUCAUUACAAGCAAAUUAUGGAAUACAUGUCACAAACCAGAGCUCGUUGUAGGUGCUCUCAAGAAAACUUUGUCUGACCUUAGUUUGGACUAUCUCGAUCUGUACCUGGUGCACUGGCCUAUGGCCUUCAAGGAGGGAGAAGAUCUUUUUCCCACCAAGGAUGGAAAGGUUCAAUUUAGUGAUGCUGACUAUGUGGACACAUGGAAAGCCAUGGAAGAAUGUGUGGCUCUGGGAUUGACAAAAAGCAUUGGUGUGUCAAACUUCAACAGUGAGCAGCUUGAUCGUCUUCUUAAAGUAGCCAAGAUUAAGCCAGUUACUAACCAGAUUGAGGUGCACCCAUACUUAAACCAAAGCAAACUAAUCUCUUACUGCAAAGAGAGGGAUGUCCUUGUCACAGCCUACAGCCCCUUUGCUUCGCCUGACAGGCCUUGGGCCAAGCCCACCGAUCCUUCCCUACUAGAUGAUCCUAUCAUCAAAGCUAUUGCUGACAAGCACAAGAAAUCUAAUGCCCAUGUUAUUUUACGCUACCUGAUCCAGCGUGGCACUGUGCCAAUCCCCAAGUCUGUAACUCCUUCUCGCAUUCAGACCAACUUCCAAGUGUUUGACUUUGAACUUACUGCUGAAGAAAUUAAGACAAUUGAUGGACUAGAUUGCAAUGGUCGCAUUUGUCCAUUCAAUGAGGCUACAGACCAUAAGGAUUGGCCUUUCAACAUUGACUUUUAAGUCGCCAUUGAUGUGAUCCCGGAGUUUAUUUUCAGACCAAAACCUGUGUAUCUAAAACUUUGCCAGUAUUAUUGUUAAUUUUUUUGUCUUGUUUUGUUUUGAUUUGGUUGAGAAACUCUAGGACCUGUGUAAUUUAAUAAAUUCUGACCUGUAAUACAA